GCUUGGUUGAGCUGGUGAAACCGCAAACCGCCUCUUGAAGUGGCUGCUGGAACCCAAAAGCAAUGGGCCGCGCCAUGGCCAAGUGGCGGCAUCCGCUGCUGGUGCUGCUGCUCGGUCUCAGUGUGUGGAGUUUUUGGGAGUCACUCUGCGCGGUGGAGGUGAAAGAGCCCCUCACAGGCGCGGCCUUCCCGCAGGAGAUGGGCAAGCAGCAGCUAGUGGCCAGUGGCGUGCGGAGGAAGUACGGCCUCAAGGUCUACGCCGUGGCCUUCUACCUGGACGGGUCCAGCCGCCUGUGGGGCCCUUCGGGCCACGUCACGGCGCGGCGGGUGGUGAAAGAAGCGCCGGGCCGCGCCUCGCUGCGGAUCGUCAUCACAUCCUCGCUCGUGACCAAGCAGAAGCUGUCGCAGGGGUUGCGGGAGUCCUUACGGCCCCGGCUGCUGAACCUGGUGCAGCUGGCAGAAGCUGAGGAGGUGCUGCAGGAGUUCGAGGAGGCCUUGGCCAAGGGCCCCCCGUUGAAACGCGGCACGGAGCUGGUCUUCACGCUCAAGCAGUCCGGCCUCCGGCUGCAGAUGGGGAAGCGCUAUGCCGCGGAGAUCGCGGGGAAGGCCAUCGUGGAGGCCCUGCUGGCGACCUACGUCGAUGCCAAGGCGGUGGCGCCAGAGUUCAAGGAGCACAUCUUUCAAGGAUUGGCGCGCAAGUGAUGCGGUCGCAUCUGACGCUGAAUCGGGCCGCGUGGGCUUGACGGAUUUACACCCCGACCUCCAAAUCCAUCGGAGGAGGCGUACCCCCAAAAGGGAAAGUGUGUGCCCGUUGUGAGUGGACAUGCGUGGAGGGUUGCCCCCCACGAUUUUGUUCAGUUGGGGGUGGGGCUGGGUAUACAGCGCCCUGCCAAAAGGGGCUAACAGUGCCCAACGCCCAAAGCCCUCGCUGGGUUGGCAACACAAACCAGGUUCGUUGAAGGUGUGCCAGGCUUGCGAGUGGACGACCAGGGUUGCCUUGUUUCCUUUUGGAGGGCCCAAAUUUCUGGCAACCUGUGCCAGCGGCAGUUUGUAGAUGUGUGCCAUCGGAAACCUGCUUGGGC